GAGAUUGGUUCCUCACUGACCAAUGAGGAGGUCAGGACAGCAGGGCAGCUCUUCUGACUGUGGAUAUAAACCAGGUCUUCAGGUGAAGCCUCUCAUCAACAGGAUCACUCAGCAACCAUGAGGUGUCUGGUCUUCGUCUUGCUCAUCGGAGCUGCCUUUGCCACGGAGGACGACAAGAUCGUCGGAGGAUAUGAGUGCUCACGUCACUCCCAGGCCCACCAGGUGUCUCUGAACUCUGGCUACCACUUCUGCGGUGGCUCCCUGGUCAACGAGAACUGGGUCGUCUCUGCUGCUCACUGCUACAAGUCCCGCAUUGAGGUGCGCCUUGGAGAGCACAACAUCCAGAUCGACGAGAACACCGAGCAGUUCAUCAGCUCCUCCCGUGUCAUCCGUCACCCCAACUACAACGCCUACACCAUCGACAAUGACAUCAUGCUGAUCAAACUGAGCAAGCCCGCCAUCUUCAACGACUACGUGCAACCCGUGGCUCUGCCCAGAAGCUGUGCCCCCGCUGGCACCAUGUGCUUAGUCUCUGGCUGGGGCAACACCAUGAGCUCCAGCGCUGACAGGAACAAGCUGCAGUGCCUGAACAUCCCCAUCCUGUCUGACAAGGACUGUGAGAACUCCUACCCCGGCAUGAUCACUGACGCCAUGUUCUGCGCUGGAUACCUGGAGGGAGGCAAGGACUCUUGCCAGGGUGACUCUGGUGGCCCUGUUGUGUGCAGCGGUGAGCUGCAGGGUGUUGUGUCCUGGGGCUACGGAUGUGCUGAGAAGGACCACCCUGGUGUCUACGCCAAGGUCUGCCUCUUCAACGACUGGCUGGAAAACACCAUGGCCAGCAAUUAAGUGAUCCAAACAACAAGUCCAGUCAAGCAACUCAACACCAUUUGCUGUUUAUGUUCCACCUUCUCUACUGGACACUGUUACAAAUAAACAAUUUGUAAACACA